CCCCAGAAUCGGCCCUGAUUCCAGACCCACAGCGUCAUGACAGCUCUGGUCACACUGCUGUCCCUGCUCCUGCUGGGACCCCAGGCCCAGCACGGGGCCGAGUGGACCUACUCAGCUCAACACAGCCUCUGAGACGGGGCCCAGGAGAACUCGGGCAGCAGCUGCUGCGAAUGCCUGUCGGGGAUACUUGAGAAACACCAAUGCUGUUAAAAAACCUUUUGAUCCAUGAAGGGGCUUUGUUCAAGACGUCUGGCCUUGCUCCUGGCACCUGCCCCUAGGAAAGAAUUGUCUACAGAUUGGUUUGUAUUAUUAAACAGUGAAGAGAGGAACAGAGAAAAAAAAGAAUUGCCUUUUUAUUGAACUGAAAAGCUGUGAGAGGCCUAAGUACAAACAUCUUCCUCAAAACAAGCUAUGGGUGACGCUGUCCCCUAAGGGGGAAAGAGAGCUGGCUUCCCUAUUGCAAAUGGAUGAGACCAGGACCCACAGUUGUUUGGAGGCCGAGUCACCCAUUAUAAUGACUUGCUUUAUCACCCUCUCUCCUCUCUUCUGUCAUUAGUAACUACCUGAAAAAAGGUAAAUUUCCUUAUUUUGAUAUUCUUUUCAACUAAUCAUUCUAGGUCAUCCUUGAACCCAAUGCUUCCUUUCUUGUCCUGAAUCCAUAAGUGUAGGCACCCAGGUGGUCUUUACCAUAUUGGGAACCAGUUAAAGGGGAGGGGUCAAGCAAGGAGGUGGGGAGGUCCUGCCGUAGGGCAUAGGGCGUGGAGUGGGCCAUGGUAUUGUUGGGGGCUGGGAAAGAGAAACUGCCAUUCAGAAGAAGUGAGGAAAAGGCCCUGAGAGUAACACAGGCAAUGCCAAGCCCAAGUAGCCCCCGAGUGCAUUUGUCAGCCGACAGUCACGUAAAGGGAAAACCAAAGCUAUGUAUUAAAGACAUCCAUUGCUUUCAAAACACGAAGGCAUGUUCUCAGGGCCAGUGGGUGCAACAGGAAAGUUACGAACCAGCCCCAAAGCCCCCCAGACACCAGGGUCCGUGGAGCUGAUUUAGGUGCCCCUCCCACCUCCUUCUGGAGGCCUGGCCCUGCUUUCUAGAAGACAGGCCUCUGGUCUUGACUGUGGCCUCUGCAGGCCUCCUGUUGAGCGGGCCCUGAGUGAGUGCCCACAGGGAGCCCCUUGCACUGUGACCCCCUGGACUCUCUCCUGUGUCAGGUGGGGUGCUGGAUGAAGCACACUGGCCGAGGGAGUACCCCGACUGCGGGGGGAAGAGACAGUCGCCCAUCGACCUGCAGAGGGAGAAAGUGUGGUACAACCCUUCCCUGAGGGCUCUGAACCUGUCAGGCUACGAGGUCCAGCACGGGGCGUUCCUUAUGAUCAACAAUGGCCACACAGUACAGAUCAGCCUGCCCCCCACCAUGUGCAUGACGGCUGCCAAUGGUACCCAGUACAUAGCCCAGCAGAUGCACUUCCACUGGGGUGGCGCCUCCUUGGAGAUCAGCGGUUCCGAGCACACCAUUGACGGGAUCAGAUAUGUGAUGGAGAUUCACGUCGUUCAUUACAAUUCUAAAUACAAGAGCUACGACCAGGCUCAGAAAGCACCGGAUGGUUUGGCUGUGCUGGCAGCCCUCGUUGAGGUCAAGGAUGAUGCUGAAAAUACUUACUACAGCAACUUCAUUUCUCACUUGAAGAGCAUCAGGUAUCCAGGACAAAGCACAGUUCUGAGGGGCCUUGAUGUUCAGGACAUGCUACUUGGGAACCUCCACUACUACUACAGCUACUGGGGGUCACUCACCACUCCUCCCUGUACUGAGAAUGUCCACUGGUUUGUGCUGGCAGAUACCGUCAAGCUCUCCAGGACACAGGUUUGGAAGCUGGAGAAUUCCUUACUGAAUCACCAGAACAAGACCAUCCACAAUGAUUACCGUGGGACCCAGACCCUGAACAACAGAGUGGUAGAAGCCAACUUCAUGUCUCAACUUAAUCAGUGCUCUGAGCUCCAGUUUUAUCCAAACAAUAUUGACAGUAACCUUGAGUACUCGAGAAGGUUUACUGAACAGAAGAAAGCAAAGAGAAAAAGACAAGGGUAAUGACCUUGAAGAGUGAGCCCUGCCUUGUCUCCAAGAAGCCCUGUAUGUCUGGAUCACACCAUUCCCACUGAGGCACCUGUUUAAUUUAUGAUUAAAACAGGAGAAACCACCAUCCAUGAAAGGAAGUGAGAUGGCAUAAAUAUAUGAGAAGGGACUUGAGUUAGACAACGUCAAUGGGAAUUGACUGGAAUAGAAAUCUAAAGGAGAUGGAGACCUAACUAUCCUCCUCUCGAAUCACACACAUUGAUAUGCCUAAAUUACAAAUCAGCCCAAACAUCCCUAUAGCAUUUAGAUGAAAUAAAGUAACUUUGGAAAUGUGUUA